AUGAGGGUUUUAUUAAACUUAUGUGCGUUAAUUUUCGUCUUGCAAAAAGAAAAACCGAGCGAAUGCUCGAUUAAACAAGCCAUCUUUCACAGGAAGGUACAAAAUUACUUUGCGAAUCACGUCAUUGGAACAAGUCAAGCAGAAAGCGAGCUAGAAUGUUGUAUAAAUUGCGUUGGAGACGGAUCAUGCGCGUCGGUAAAUUACAAAGCUGCUGGAAUCGGUAAAGGUCUAUGUGAACUCAACAACAAGACACUUCAAGAAACAUCUGAUGCUGAUGGAAGUAUGCAUAACCCUGAGUUCAACCACCUUUAUAUAAUCAAAAAGGUAUGAAUCGAAAAACACACGAGCAUUAUUCGAUACUGUUGUAGUUAUAAACGAUUGCGUGCAUGUUAUAACAGUUUUAUUCAUGUUGAUGAUACAGGGUGUAUAUUAAAAACUUGUAAUCCAAGUAAUCCAACUUUGGACAGGUUAUCGUGUGUUAAUAAUGCGCUUAAGGAAGCGACGCUAGUUUUUGUCAACACGGAGUCAUCCUAAAAAAUUGGUAUAGCUAAUUUUGGCGGCAUUUUGCAUCAUAGCGCUUUAAAAUCAAAAUGUUAUGUUUUGUCAUUUGCGUUGAAGAUUACCAUUUAUAAUAUAGCAUUUGUAAAUUCUGAACGCUGAUUGCCUAAGAGCCGUGUUGAUAUAACUCAAUGUCAACACGGAAACAUCGGAAAAUGUCUGCGUUUUUGAGUGAAUUUAUAUUUAACAAAUAUAAAUCAUUUUUUCCGUAUUGAUAUAUAGUUAUAUCAACACUCGUGGACAUUGGAAAAACUCGAGAAAUUGUAUGAAAACACUCCGCCCUUCGGGCGUCGUGUUUCCACACAAUUUCUCGUUUUCCCAAUUUCCACACGUGUUGAUAUAACCGUAUAUCAACAAGGAAAAUGUUUUAUAUUUGUUAAAUAUAAAUUCACUCAUGGACACUGUUUUUAAUCCCUCCCCACCUCGAUAAUCUGCAGACGUCCAUGUUGAAAAAAAGUUGCUUCAAGCUCCCUAAUUUUUACGUAUGUACGAGUAUUAUUCCAUGCAGCUUUGUAUUGAUCAUGAUGAAGAUCACGAUUCUUAGCACUCAAAUGACAUCGAUAUCGUUAUGGAAUCAUUUCAAUAAAAAAUAACCAAAUACGACCUGAUUUAAACCGCUCGGUUGAAAUCGCGUUUUCUACUUUAGGAUUCAAAUUUUCAUCCAAUGUUCGAACAUGUGCCCAAAUGUUUGUUGCCCAUUUGGCAAACGUAUGGCAUGGCGAGUUCGGCCUGCAAACGCCCAUUUCUUUAUACGUUUUAACCACUCAGUUUCGAAAAGAAUCCUUGAGACAAUGGACCAUUUGCAUUAUAGACUAAAUUUUGAUCUAGACAAAACUCAUCACAGCUUGAAAGAGCAUGACAAAAUUAGUAAUAUUCUAAAGUUUCGUUGCGAAAUGUUAUAAAAUGCGGAUAAUAUACCUUGCGAAGUCUGCCGUUUUUCAGUCAUUUUGUAUUACGCGCACGGGAAAUUGACAGCCCAAUCGGGUGUUGGGGCAUCAAUUUCCCGUUUGUAAUACAAAAUGACUGAAAAUUGAAAAUUUCGCAAGGCUAUAUUAUCCGCAUUUUACAACAUUUCGCAACGAAACUUUGGAAUAUUACUAAUUUUGUGAUGCUCUUUCAAGCUGUGAUGAAAUUUUUGUCUAGAUCAAAAUUUAGUCUAUAAUGCAAAUGGUCUAUUGAUAGUUGUUGAUGGUGGAUUUUUUUAGUCUAUCUUUUCAAGCAUGUAUAUAGUGAUCGAUAUUCGAAAAAGUCCUUCAGUCAAGAAUGCGUUCCUAUUAAUUCAGGAAGAACUCGAAUUAAAUCAUUUUUGCGACGUUAAACACUGAACAGACAUUCAGCUGCUCAUCGCAUACUCCUUUAAAAUAAUGAUAGGGAUUAUAAUUUUUAAGCCGAGAAUUGUGGCAUCUUCGUUGUCUUAAGUUUUAGCGUGCGUAUAUAGUGGGAAAAACUAGAUUACAUAUAGAUAGUGUAUAGUGAAGUGGAUAUCAACUAUUGUUAUAUGUUAGCACCGAUUGAUAUGUCGAUCGGCGCUUUCUGUCAAAUAAGUGCAAUGACAAUGGCUUCCGUUGAAUAGCUAACAAUUGACUCUCCGUAGCCGGAAAGUCGCAUGCAACAAUGCACAGAUCGAAUAACACCAGCUGUAGAGUUCCUUAAGCUAGGGUCACUUCUUGGCCCAUUCUUCUCUCUAUACUAAAGGUUUGAAGCUAUUUGUUGAAGCUAGAAUAAACUUUUCGACAUUAUAUUCGUAAUUUGCAACCUGGGGCCCGUAUCCUAGGAAACGGAAUAAAACGCGGGAAAGUUGACAAAAACCUGUUUGCUGCGAGUGCCAGCUGUCGUAUAUGCGUAAUAAAAAAAGUUGACUAAAAAAUUUAACAUGUUUUUCUAAAAACUGUCCUCAAAACAAAGCAUGAAAGUUGAAAUAAUACUUUUGAGAAGACAUACAGUAACUCUCCUAAUAUAAGUUCUGAGCUUAUAUUUGUUCCUGAGAAUUUUUUAUGGGCUUAUACAUGGGGUGGGGAGGGAGGGCUUGUAUACGGGAGAUCUUAUAUACGGACGACAUUUGAUGUUUAACAAAUAUAAAACAUUUUCCGUGUUGAUAUACAGUUAUAUCAAUACGAGUGGAAUUGGGAAAACGAGAAAUUGUAUGGAAACACGACGCCCGAAGGGUGGAGUGAUUUCAUACAAUUUCGAGUUUUCCCAACUUCCACGAGUGUAACGUUGAUAUAACUAAUAUAUCAAUACGGAAAAAAUGUUUUAUAUUUUUUUAUAAUAUAGCAAUGUCAAAAGCCCGAAGAAUAAGAAAACUAUGAAUUCCGUGUUUACAAGCGGCGGAAAAUUUCCCGUGUUGACAUGGAGCGGUUAUAUCAACACGGCUCUUAGCCAAUCAGGGUCCAGUAUUUACAAAUGCUAUAUUAUAAUAAUAAAUAGAGGAUGUUAGACGGUUGCGAGGAUACAAGGAUUUUAUGUUCGAGUGGCAAAAAGAAUAUCUCACGAGCGAGAUAUUGUUUCUGACACAAGAACAUAAAUCCAUUUUUUUUUUUUGGACAAUAGUGUUUUGCUGGAAACUAAACUAUUUGUUGAACUCAUGCGUCACUACAUCCGGGACCAGAUGCGCGUAUUAUAUUAGAGCAAACAUAAAACCUGAAUAAAUUUUGCUCAUCUCAAGAUGUCUUUCAAAUGUUAUGGUUUUUAUUUCCAACGUCAAUUUCGUUUUAUAUACGAACCAAAGACCAUUUGUAUUUCCAAAACAACAACAAUGAAAAUGGCGGGAAAUUUUCAAACUUUGUUGUCACUCGCAAGCGUGAAAUACGGGAGAUACGCACAUCCGGUCGCAGAUAUAGUGGAACAUGAGUUGCACGAGUGUUUAGUUUCCAGUAAAACGCAAUUGUACACAUAAUAAAAAUAUUUAUUGCAUCUGUUAACUAUACCGUGAACAAAAAGGAAUAUCAACGAACAGUAUGUAACACAUAAUAAAACAAGUUGGUUAAUAUUAUAAUUCCGUGGCCUAAUAGUUGUCCUGGAAGUUUCUUUUCAAAAUAUUGCUUCACUUAAUUUUCUGUGGUCCAAAUUCUUUAUCGUCCAACGGGAUACAUUCAUACAUCCCCUCAUACGCACUUAUGUGAAUGGACCAGUUUCCUCAUGCAUGCCUAUAAUUCCACUUAUUUCUUUUAGUUUUAUUCCAAUAUGUCGUUAUGUGCCAUUGUGCACAUGAGCAUCAUACUUCAAGUAAAAUUUUGUUCAUUUAUUUCUAGCAACCUGAAGAUCCUGUCCCGAAAAACACUCCACCACAAAAUACAAUGUCUGUAACGACGACAAUAGACUUUUCGACAACUCAGGCAACAAGUAAGUUCACACCAAGUAAAUUUUUAAAAUGUCAGUUUUAGAAAUGAUCGAUAAUAAUCAUUCAAACAGAAAAUACUUCGGAAACUCUAACUACAAAAGGUGUAAAAGCUUUAAGCUGUACAUAAGUGCACAAUAAUGCUCUAAUACAAAGUUAUUCAGCCUUAAUUUAGAAAUUGACUUUGUACUAAUCUUUUUACAGCAAAAUCCACACCGAAAGAAACUGAAGGUUCAAUUUUUCCGACAACUCAACCAACACGUAUGUUUCAAUUGAUCAAUGUAAAAAUUCUGUGUUCAGUGUGUUAGUAUUUUGAGCGUGUUAAAUUUUUUUGUAUAAGUCAAAUUCAUAAUUGUAGCAAAAAACUCCCAGGGGACUAAGGCGGGAAAUACGCGGUAUGCUACAACUGAAAGAUAACUUUGAUGCGUUUGUUCUGAAAAAUUUCUUGAAAAUGUUUUAGUGGUUCUACCAUCGUUACUAAUUCAUCCUGUACAUAAUUGCACAAUAAUGUUCUGAAAAAAAGUUAUUCAGCUUUAUUAAUUUAGAAAUUGUUUUUGUACUUAUAUGUAUUAUUAAUUAAUCUUUUUCACAGCAAACUCCACACCGAAAGAAACUGAAAGUUCAAUUAUUCCGACAAUUCAACCAACAAGUAUGUUCUAAUGAAUCAAUGUAAAAAUUCUGUAUUCAAUCUGCUAGUAUUUUGAGAGUAUUAAAUUUUAUUUUUUUAUACAAAUCAACUUUAUAAUUGUAGCAGGGGACUAAAGCGAGAAAAUACGCGGUAUAUUAGUUACAACUGAAAAAAAUCUUUAUGUGUUUGUUCUGAAGAAUUUCUUUAAAAUGUUUUAGCCGUUCUACCAUCGUUAUCAUCCUGCAAAGAACUAUUGGAGAGAGAUGGGUAUAUAAAUAUAUUAUACAUUAUCAUCAGUACUGUAAAUUAACGAUGGGCACGAUUCAGAUACCAUGCAAAUACCGAUACUAUCGAUACAAGAAAAAGUAUCGAUACCUUUGAUACUUGCAAAAUGUAUUAGCAAUUCGAUAUCACUUGGAUUUCCAAUAUACCUGGUCAGCAUUUAUAAAAAUUGCAGAAAUGUGAAGCGUUUUUUUGUACUGUAUACAAUACUUCACAAGGCAUGUGCUAAAACCUGGACGAUGGACGAUUUUUAUUUACAAUCAAGACACUAAAUCCCGCACACUUCCGCUCUUGUACUUUGUUGUCAUUUAUUGUAUAUUUCGUUGUGUAUUAAUAAUAAUACUUAUAUUGCAAUACUUGUAACAAAGAAUGGCCUUUCCGUAAGAUUCACUGCAUAAGUCAAGGGAGCACGCCAGAACUAUUUGUGUAAAUUUAAGCCUGUUAUCCACUUGCAAAUUUUUCAUUUGUCUUUGGUCCUUCAACUGGAACUAAUUGGAUAAAGACAAAAGAAAAAUUCGCAAGUGGUAAACUGGCUUUAUACUAACCUUUUAAUUACAUGUAAAUGUUUCAUCGGGCGCCAUUUUGAAUGUUGAAAGCGGUAUAUAUUGUUAGCUUAUCGCAGGCGCGAUAAUUUAUGUUCAUCUUUGACACUAAUUUAUGUUACACGAUGAUACUCCGAAGGGCGACCGAGAUAGAUCCGAAAUUUAAAAUACCGCGGAGAAAAAAUAAAAAAUAAAAAAUAAAAAAUAAAAAGGGGAGUGAAACGGCCGAACACGUGAUGGGAUAGGGAUAUUAGCCAAUGACAAUGCGUAUAUAGAGAUUACUUCAUGGUUGGUGAGCGCGUACGAUUUUUAAUCACGAGGGGAUUAUUACAAGUGAACGAGUGAGCGCAGCGAACGAGUGAACUUGUAAUAAUUUACGAGUGAAUAAAAGUCGUAUUCGCGAACCAACCAUAAUGUUAUUUGUUUAUUAUAUAAGUACUGACAUUUCAUUCACGAUGACAAAGUUUUAAUGUUAUUAAUUUCUAUGUAUUUAAAGUUUUCAAAGUUUUUAAUGCCUUCUUAAAACUAAAUCGUUGAUAAUGCUUGCAGCCGGGCAGUGUUUUCUUAAGAUGUCGCUCAAAGAUUGCUAAUAGACUUCGGAGAGAAGAUGACUCGUAUAUUCUUUCCCGUCUUUGGUUAUGACCGAAUUGAUAAACUCAGCCGGACACGUACUCGUUCAGUUCUGCUGUAGGAGUAUCUUCCAUUUUUUUUUCUUCAUUCUUGGUUUCCAAAAACAAGUGUAAUACAGUAAUAGUUUUACAUCUCUUUCGUUUUUUUGUGAGGUACGAGCUUUAUUUUCUUGUUCUGAAAUAAAAUUGUCAACAGAAACGGCGUCCGUAAAUCACGCAGCUAUUUUGAUUUUCAAAUUGAAAUAGGUUUCGCGCCAAAACAUUUUUGGAGGAAAACGAACGUAUUUUCCAGUACAAUCAUUUUUCACUAGUGAAAAAACAUCGUUUGUCCAAUCAGAAGGCGCGAACGAUGUUGUUUCACUAGUGAAAUUUCAUCGUUCGCGUCGCUGAUUGGCUGUGGCAAAAUUCCGUACGAUUAUUACGCAAUGCCAUUUUAAUGAAUAAAUCUCAGUACUUAUAUAAUAAAUCCAAUUUCGUUAUCUGGCCAUGCUCGUUGAUAAAGAACUGUCAAAUCUGAAAUCUAUCAAAUCGUUGCUCGCCAGCAGUAAAUUUUCGACAGCAGAAAAACAAAAACAUUUGCGAAUGCUGGACACAAAAUACAGUAUUAAUAAUUCAUGAAGAAAAUUCAGUAAGAAAAUUGAAGGAGAAACCAUUCCGUUAUAGUGUAAACACAAUAUACUGUAGUCAAGUAAUACUAGAAAUGUAGUAUAAUUUUUUUAACGGAAUGUUAGCCGUAGCGUCAUUAGUGUAAACGCGGCCUCGUACAUUUGACAAUUCUUUAAAUAGAAAUUAAAUUACACAAAUUACUUCUAUAAUCAAUGCUUUGUAAUUAAUUGUAAAUUUUACAAUUCUUAACAUUGCAGAUUAUGUUCACCUAUGAAUGAUUAACAAUACUAAAUGAUAGUUAAUAAUAAAGCAAUAGGUUAUCAUUUUGUUGUCAUUUACGAUAUUUUGUUUUGUAUUACUUUUCUGGCAAAACAUUUAAAUGGAGUCCCUCAGGGAUCGAUACACGGGCCAUUACUGUCCAAUAUAUUCAUGAACGAUCUUACCUAUGUAAUUAAAGAAAGCACAAUAUUCGCCUACGCAGAUGACACACAAAUUUUUACGCGGACAAAGACCCGAGAAAAGUUGAGGAGGUCAUUAAUUAAUAAGACCUUGAACGUAUUGACAAAUAGUACAUCGAAUAUCAGAUAAGGGAUCAUUCGAAAUAUGAAGCAAUGUAUGGUGAUGGGUGGAAGAAAAGAAAAUCCACAGUUUCGAUGCUAAAGCACAGUUAUUCCAAAUGCCACAGAGGUGGAUACGCCUGGUGUUAUUCUUGAUGAGAAACUUAAAUUUGAUCAACAUGUCGCUAAAGUAUGCAGGAAGGUAACCCAGAAGAUCGCAGUGGCUACCAAGUUAUGCGUUACCAAUAAUAAAAAUUAAAUUUCACUACUUAUGCAGACAGCAGUGAAUCUUACGGUAAAGCCAUCUUUGUUGCAAGUAUUGCAAUAUUAGUAUUUAGUAUAAAUUUUGCAUAUCGAAUGAGCUUUCGCGCAUUCUAGUAAAUGAAUAGUAAAUCUGAGGCAUUAUUUACCACCUGGGUAAUAAAUAAUGCUUUUCAAAAAGAAUGAUUCGGCAAAUUUGGUUUCAAAAUCGACAAAAAUAUUGAAAAAAUAGUCCCCAAAAAACGAAAGAAGCACAAAAUGUUGUAUUUCACUUGAAAGGUAGGAUUCCUUUAUUAUUUUACUCUGUCAUACAUAUUCACGGACAAUUUAAAACUUAUUUAAAACUCCGAAAAAUUCACUUCAAACAAAUAGCAAAAACCAUCAAGACUUUUGGGAAAAACCUUGGCGUGAUAUUCUUUAAAAUCCAUUUUAUUUUGUAUGCUAUAGAUUUCCCAAUUUGUGCCAUGCUAUUUCUUUUGAUAUGUCAUGUUUUCAUUGUGCUGUAUGCAUGGUGUUCAGACCGCUGUAUUGUGUUUUCUAAACUUGUAAGGGAAAAAGUGUUUAUAUUAAAACUUUAUUUCGAACGAUAUAGUUUUACAUUUCAUUUUACCAAAUUCCUCAGCCAUUUCCUGAAGACAUUAAUGCUAAACAGAAACUAUUUUUAAUUUUAAGUGUGGUGAAAGAGUCAUUUUGUCAUUGUGUUUAUAUUCCAAGCAGAAAUCGAGAAAAACAACUUUGUAAUAGAGCAAUAAAGUCACACAAGAAGCCAUUUUGAAAGCGUGUGCGUACAAGAAAUACUGCAACACUAUUAGUGAACAGGCCUAAAACAGUUCUAUUUCUGAAAUUUAAUUGAACUGAUAUUCGGAUAUUUUGUUUUAUAUAUUCAUUAAAAAUUUAUACUACAACUAUUAUUCGCCUCAUGCUGGCUCAGUGGUUACGGUGAAUAUUCACCAGUAAUCACUUCGCCUUCGGCGAAUAAUUGUUAAGUGUUAUUAAUACACGACGAAAUAUACAAUAAAUGACAAAAAAGUACAAGAACGGUAAUGUGCGGAUUUUAGUGUUUUGAAUGUAAAUAAAAAUUGUCCAUCGUCUAGGUUUUAGCACAUGCCAUUUCACAAAACAAUAUACCAUAACAGAGCGUUUGCACAUGACGUUCCAAUUCAAAAGAAUUUUAAUUUAGACUUUUAAAUUAUUUUUCUGGAACACAAACAUGAUCGCCAUGGCUUCUGUUGAGUUGGUCCAUGGGGAAUGAGACAAACGAUCCAUAGAGCUGCAUGAACUCACACUUUUGCUUUAGUUGGUGCUGAUUAAUGUAUUCAUAAAAGGCAGAAAACAAGAGUUAUAAAUAAAGACAGACCGGGUCAUGAUCAAUUUGAUGCCGUCACAUCCACUUUAUUGUUGUGACGUCAUUAUUAAUCAAAUUGGAGUAUCGAUGUGGAUAUCGACCAAAAUGUGUAGUAUCAUGCUUGGUAUCGUAUCAAAUUAAAAUAGCUGAUCAUAUGGAGAUAUGCUUGCAUGCAAGCUUGCUGCUUAUUAGACAUGUUUUCGUUUGCUUUUUCUAAGUGCAAAAUCUCAUGGUCAAGUGUUUCCUGGGAUGAUCCACUUAAAAUCAGAGUAGCGAGCCAAAUAUUUCUGAUACCAAGGCUUGUUGGCGUAUAAACAAAUAAAUAUCAAAUCGUAUUUAUUGUGUAGAUGCUACAAACAGAGCUUUAACACGCGAGUACUAAUCUCUCAAGCAGAGCAACACAAUAUGACGUUGAGAUUAGACAAUCUGAAAAUUUUUAAAAUAAAAUAAAAUGAACCAUCGCAUUUUAAAAUGUCUAUUUAAUAUAUAAAUGGUAUAAAUCUUGCAUAGAGUUAACUUUAUCAUUUAAUGACCAUUCAGCUAUUACAAUAAAUUCUACAACAUGCCAUGUUCCGACAUCAUGUUCCUGACAUAAACAUAACAUUUUAUUAUGCAGAUCGUUAAUCAGUGGCAAUUAUACAUUGCAAAAUAAUGUUACACUUGAACAAUAUGAAGUUUACUGUCACAUGGAUGAAAUAUCUAAAUGUGAAACGGGAGCCUGGACACUAGUGAUGAAAGUGGAUGGCAGCAAG